AUGAACAUCAUUGAAACUCUGUUCGGUCGCACCGUGACUCCCGCGGAAAGGCUGCGCCAACACCAACGCUCCCUCACGAAAGCCCAACGCGAGCUUGACCGUGAACGCGCCAAACUCGAACAGAGCGAGAAGAAGCUUGUAAUGGAUAUCAAGAAGAGCGCAAAGGCCGGUCAAUUAAAUGCGUGCAAAGUUAUGGCAAAGGACCUUGUCAGAACGCGUCGAUACGUCCACAAAUUCUAUCAGAUGCGCACCCAGCUGCAAGCCGUCAGUCUUCGAAUACAAACGCUGCGGAGUAAUCAGCAAAUGGCUGAAGCUAUGCGGGGCGCCACCCGAGCGAUGGCAUCUAUGAACCGUGGGCUAAACCUCCCCUCAAUACAACGAAUCAUGAACGAAUUUGAGAAGGAAAGUUCGAUGAUGGACAUGAAGGAAGAGAUGAUGUCCGAUGCUGUGGAUGAUGUCAUGGAUGCAGAGGAGGACGAAGAAGAAGAGGGAGACAAGAUACUGAAGCAAGUCCUCGACGAAAUCGGUGUUGAUCUAUCACAACAAUUGACGGAAGCCCCAACGGGGCUUGCUUCGAUGACCUCCCCACUUGCGAGCAAACAGCCUGUCGCCCUGGGUGAAUCGGGAGCUGUGCCUUCUUCUGGUGCUGAUUCAGCUGGUGGUGAGACUGCGCGCGGCGCUGCUAUGUCUGAUGAAGAUGCACUUCAGGCAAGAUUGGACGCCCUCCGACGAGGCUAG